AUGUCCCAGCUUGCAACGCGAGAAGGUCGAGGCAUACAAAUCCAACCAUUUAUUGACGCUGUUGCGUCAGAGCCAAAUAUUCCUCAUCCUGAUCCUGUCUGGGGAUACGCACAUGGGCCAAUCGAAAACAACAACCCAGGCUGGCUUCCACCAGAGGCCCGUGUCCCACGACAACCUCGAGCUGGCCCUUACCAGAUCAAAGCCAAGGACAUCAGCAAUGACCCUGCUCAUCCAACAAGAGCACCCCCCAAUCCAAGGGUCACCAUCAGCAAAGAGAAUACUGGGGUCUGUGAUAUCAUUCGAUAUGGACAGACAAUAUGCGGGCAGGUGUUUGAGGAUCAAGGUGCCUUCCGUCGGCAUAUACGCCAGGAACAUGCAGGUGCAGCCUUGAUGCCUACCAAGAAGGCAAAGGACAUCGAUGAGAUAACCGCUGGACGCAACGCGAUCAUGCGAUGGGUGAUCACGGGUGGCUGGCGCGACGCUGUUUAUGUCUUUGAGCCUGGUCGAGGGCCUGACACAAAUCUGAUUGGACACUUCUGUGAUGGACUUGAGCGGAUCGCGGAAGCCGUUUCCAUCGAUACCAGGUCCCUCCUACCCCCCACACAACACAUACCGCACGCCGGCAUGGCCUUGCUCCACCUGUACCAGCGAUACCCUUUACCCUGGGCCAAUACAACCAGGUGCGACGAGGACUACCAGGCCCUCCAGCACCAGGCCCUCCAGCACCAGCAGUCGAACCUCUUUUUCCUGAGAGCUACUCUAGCAAAGAGAGCUGCUGAUGCUGAGAGUGCUGCUCGGAUUGCAAGGGAACAAGCUCGGGCGGCUAUUAAUACUGCUGCCGAUCAAAGGGCUGCUGUUACUGAUGCUGAACGGGUUGAGGCGGCUCAGGCGAGAGACGCCCAAAUGGCUAUUUUGGUUCAGCAAAGGAUCACACGGGAUUCCCGUGUAAUAAAAAGUAUGAUGGAGUGGUUGAAGGCUGCUGAAUUCGCUGAAGAGCGUGACAAACUUGCUGCAACUGCUGCUGCUGAAGCUAUCACUGCUCGGGCUACCACUACGGCUAAUCCUGCGGAUGUAAAUGCCCAGUCAGCCUCGGCAAUUGCGGAUACAAAUGCAGCAGAUCUACAAGCCACGGCUACUCGAGAACGACUGGUUGCUACAACCAGGCAUACUACUAUGCUAGAGCUUCUUACUAAAAGGAGGAAUCUUAUUUACACCUAUUCUGAACUCCGGGCUCGCUUCCAUCCUACGGGAUACCGCAAUGGUCUUACAUUACACCAACUCCGUCAGCUAUUGGCCAGAGAUUUACACAUUGUCCGAAGCUCAAUGGAUGAGCGUGAUCGUAAUCGCUUGAAUUAUCUUCUGAUGACUAUUGACCAGCUCAUGCGUCCUUUCAAUGGUCUUACUUUGGAUGACAUCCUAAAUCUAUCUACUACGAGUCUGGAGUACCGUAACUGGAGAGCAGAAUUACUUACUAUGGUGGAUGAUGAUGCACGAUUUCGUUAUGUUGUUACCUCAGAAGAUCUUCCUGCCGAAUUUUUCGAUGAGUUUUUGAACUAUGAUAUGGUAAACAUGUCCGAAGAGUUACCUCCGAGUACUCCAUCUCCAGAGGCCACGGUUCUUCAUAUCCCAAGAUAA